AAGAAAAAAAAAAUAGUGUGGAGAUAGGUCCCACCAGAGAAGCGAAAAUCGGGAGUGUUCAUGCACCUCCCCCUCUUUUCUCCUCAUUCACCUCAAAAUCUCACAAAUUUAUAAUUAAUAUUAAAAGAAAGAUUUCCUUGAUAUCUUGUCACAAUAAAUCGUUCUUGCUCUUCCACAAUGAACAACAACAAGGACAAUUACUGCUACAACAACGACACAGCUUCUACUUCUUCUUUACCGACCUCGAGAUCUUCGUCUCUGUCUUCCCCUGCUUCCUUCACUGGAGGCAUUUUCAGACUCAGCUUCUGCAUCACUGCCGUCUACAGGUCUACUUAUUCAGUUUGGACAAUAAUACGCUUGUGGACGUCAUUUGACGGAUUGAUGGUUCUCGAUUGGAAAUUGAACAAAAACCAUAUGUCACUCGGAAGAAUUCCGAAUAUGGAGUUAACAAUAGCUUAUGAUGUUGAGCAUUCGAGUUCUACACAGAGGAUUCGGCAUGAGCUGUGGCCACUGGAGGAAAUUGAUCCAAAGAAGGCAAAGUUCCCAUGUUGUUUAGUUUGGACUCCACUCCCAGUAGUCUCGUGGUUGGCGCCUUUCAUUGGGCAUGUUGGCAUAUGCCGGGAGGAUGGAGCUAUUUUAGAUUUUUCAGGAUCCAAUUUCGUAAAUGUUGAUGAUUUUGCAUUUGGUGCUGUAGCAAGAUAUCUUCAGCUUGAUAGAGAACAGUGCUGCUUUCCCCCAAACCUAUCUGGGCACACCUGCAAGAAUGGCUACAGGCAUGCAGAGUAUGGAACAUCAAUCACAUGGGAUGAUGCCCUACGGUCAAGUAUGCACAACUUUGAGCAUAAAUACUACAACCUCUUUACAUGCAACUGCCACUCAUUUAUUGCCAACUGUCUUAAUCGGCUCUGUUAUGGCGGGUCAAUGAGUUGGAAUAUGAUAAAUGUGGCAGCUCUUAUACUACACAAGGGGCAUUGGGUUGAUAGCAUGUCAAUCUUAAGAUCAUUCCUCCCUUUUAUAUUGGUGCUAUGCCUCUGUGUUUUCAUGGCCGGGUGGCCGUUCUUGAUCGGGCUCCUAUCCUUCUCUGUCCUCCUUAUUGGGUGGUUUCUUAUGGGUACUUAUUGUGUCAAAAGCUUGUUAGAAUGCUAGUUCAUUUGUCAUUGAGGUUGAAGAGUUGUUCAAAGGAAACUAGAUAUGUAGUAUGGGUGUCCCUUCUUAUGUUGUGUUUGUGAAACAGUUGAGGAGUUGCUGUAAGUUUUCUGGUAGUAUUUGUUAUCAAACAAGUCUUGCCAGCAUCAAGAAAUUGUUUCAAGUGUAGAUUAUCAAUUUAAGAAAGGAAAAUUGAAUAUUCAGCAUCA